ACGAGCAAAAACAAGGACCAUCACAACAUGGAUGUAGCUAAUAUAACCACAAGCGAUUGUUGAAAAGCUAGCUCGCAUUUGCUUAAACUAAGCAGUCGUUACUCAUGGAAUCUAUUAACGGACGGGUAAAUAGAUCAUCAACACGUUAGGCUCGACUAUGGUUGAUAUAAUUCGUAGGAGCGUACGGGUUGUUGACGGUUUGAUUCCGUUAACGUUAGUUAGCAUAACGUUACGAAUGCUACCGUUAAGCUAAAGAGUCAUAUUAGCUGGCUAGGUGACAUUUCGAAUUAACAUGAAGGCACUUAGCUAGUGAAUAGAUCGUUGGGCAUCAUUAGUCCAGCUUUUUAACCUUUAUAAUUUUAUAAAUAUCAAUGAGUUAAUGUAUUGCUCAUUAUUUUAAACGCCCACAACAACAAGUGGAUGUAUAGUUGGAUAGACUGCUCUGCGUUAAUGGUGUAGCUACAACCUUAACAGCCUGUGGUAGCAUUUUACAAGACUAACGCUAAAUAUAAAGUCCUCUAAAGACACCGACAGUCUAUCAUGUCGGACCUGGACACCCUCAUUGUAACUUUCCAGACCCAGCUCUUGGACGUGAUGGAGACUGUGGUGAAGACAGCCAUGUACGAGGUCACCAGGUUAGUGGAGGACGGCUUGUUGGAGGAGGUGCAGCGCAGGAACCGGGAGGUGGAGUCCCUGAGGAUGCAGCUGCAAUGGGCUGAGAGGAAAUUAAGUGACCAAGGAGGGAAAACUGGGAGGUGUGUCCACUGUGCCGGGGAUGAUGUGGAACUGUCCAGUCACACUGCAAAAGAAAGGCCCAAAGAACAGCAGGAUGACAUUUUGGGGGGCUGUGGUGUGAAAGAAGAGGGCGACUAUGUGGAAAGGUGGACAAUAAGCCGUACGCAGGAAGUCGUACCAGAGUCAGCACGGGCAGCAGACAAUGCUGCAUCCACUCUCAGCCCUGAGAGGAAAUCACAGACAACAGAAGACGAUGUGUUGCUACCGGAUGUGGAUGGGAAGGAAGAAAAAGUGAAUAAGCUGUCUUGUUCUUUUGUGCAUUGCAGCGGUCCCCUUGAGAGUGAAGCAGGACCUGAAUCCCACAGUGCUACUGAGAAGACUGAGGCACAGCCAAAACAGACUCAGGAGAACAGUGAAGAAUUGAGGGUUGUUAUUAAGGAAGACCCACAGAUCUGUGCUGCAUAUGUUUUUCCUGAAGACCAGGGGGAAACCUACAUGGCUGCAGAUCCAUCUUUAGAGGUGGACAGCGGUUGGCCUCUAAUGCAAACAGAACACGAGCGGCCAAACUCUGCCACAGCAGCCGACGACGUUCCGGCUACCCCAGGGAGAGAUCAGAUUCCAUCCUCAGCGUCCCCGAAGGCAAGACCGCCAAACACUGACGCGUCGGGCGUGGCUAUCAAGCAGGAGGUUAUCGUUGAUUCUGAUGGGUGUGUGGAAAGCGAGCCUCAAGAAAAGAAAGCGACAAAGUCUGGGAUGCCGUCUUUCUCGUGUUCAGUAAAACAGCGCAGAGUGAGUUCAGAAGCACUCAGGCAGAACCGCAUUACCCACAAAGCCACCGCGCAGGAGGUUAUGAAGCUGCAUUCCAAAGUGGGCACAGGUGUCAGACUGCAAGCCGCCAUGCAGCACCUCCACAGGCCGAUGAAAAAGACCGCUCACACGCACUCGGACAGUAGCGCCACGGCGCCGUCCGUAGCUCACUCUCAGGCUGUAAACCUAAAUCCCCUCAACAGAGCGCCCUCCACAUCUAAAACCGCUGCUCCUCCCCUUCCUCCACACUCAGCCCAGCGAGUUCAACAAGCCGCAGCACAUAACCGAUCUUGCGCCCCAUGGAUCAGCAUCAAGACCCAUCAGUCUGCGAACUCCCACCCCGCCAACCCCUUACCCCAUUCGGUCUCGCACCCUCACGCCGGCCCCAGGCACCUCCUGCGCUGUGGCCAGUGCGGGAAGUGCUUCCCCCACCCCAGCAACCUGAAGGCCCACCUGCAGACUCACACAGGCGAGAGGCCUUUCUGCUGCUCGCUCUGUGGCCGCAGCUUCACCAAGCUGAGCAACCUCAAGGCCCACCGGCGGGUCCACACCGGAGAGAGACCGUACUGCUGCUCGGCGUGCGGCAAACGCUUCACCCAGAAAUGUAACCUGAAACGCCACCAGAGGAUCCAUCUGGAUGUAUGACGAUGGACAGCCAGUGAUUAAAAGACGAGUUCGGUGUGUUUUGUUUCUUUUUAGGCUACAUUUACAUCGCUCCGUUUUUGGUUUUUAAGCGGCUUUUUUGAGCCAAAAGCGAUCUCCUUGCACACAAGUGUGUUUAGCUCCAGUAGGAGAGCUAAUCUCCGUUUAAACUAACAGGCCCAAACCGCAUAUCUCAUCAGCAUUCUGGUAUACUGCGCAUGCACGUGCCGGGGUAAACAGGAGGCAGCAUGAAUACUCUGCCUGUUGCUGGCAGUGGCCAUGGCAACGUGUGUGGCUCAGUCUCAGAGAACGAGACGUCAUGACCCAAUCAGGCGGCGAAACAUUGGCGUCAGCGUUUGGUGUUGCCAAAGGUCUCAGUUUGCGGCCGUUUGCGACUGCAACACAACAUGGGAGAUUGCAAACCAAAACGGGGUCAGAAGUGUUUUCAAAUGUCUCCGGUUUAGGGGCUCAGAAGCGCCAGAGCAGCGCGAAUGCGAGGUGUAAAGGUAGCAAAAGAUAUUUGUUUUUAAACCGAGCCGUAGCAAUGUCAAUGUAGCCUUAGAGAUGAAGAUGCUACAGUGUUUCCUUUGCGAUGUUUGAGAUUGCAAAAAAUGCUCCUUGUGUUCUCGUCUCUUGAAGUGAUUGUCCCAAGUCCUCGUGUGCAUUCCAGAAAGGUUCAUCUAGUAACGUGUUGUAGUGUUAUUGAAGGACGAAAAACAGCGUGUUGUGAAUCACGCACAGAGAUAGGUCAGUUGUCACUCGGUUAAUAAAUACUUAUUCUGUGAAUACAAAACACAUGCUUCCAUGAUAUCAAUUGCACCACGCCUGCUGUGAGCACUAACACAUUUAUAUCUGGGCCCGUAUUUGUCAACCUGCUGAAAGGAACUUUUUGGACUUGUGAAAGAUGUAUGUAAGAGUUCUUCCCUUUUACUCAAACUCACAAACUUAAAUGUAAGUUAGUUACCCACUUAAUUGCGUCUUGAAAAAUACUUUUAUGAAACGUAAUAGUUCCAGAGGUCUGUAAACUUGGUUAAAGGUAGAUCCUAGAUGGCUGCAGUAGAGAAACCGGUGAGCACACACAAUAUAUUCAUCAUGACUUAUGAUGAAUAAUGAGUUCAGAAUGGUGUCGUUUUAGCCUAAUAUUUGUAUUUAAUUGAAGUAUUUCAUACGUUGUUAAACUGCUUUUCAUUUUAUAUUUAUUUGAUUUGCUUUAUUUGUUAUUAUUUUACCCCUAUCUAUGUAUUUAUAUGUUAAAAAAUAAAUUUGAUUUGUUGUUAAUUUCACAUGUUAAUUGCUGGAGAUACUAAAGGGGAACUACGCCCAUUUUCAAAAUUCAUACAUGUUAUUCUUAUGGUCUAAUACAGUCCUAAAAUAUUAGCAUGCAUGAACAACUCUCUCACAAAUCCAUAAACUAGAGAGCUAAAACUCAACUUUGUGAUGUCAUCAAGUAUGGUGUAUAAUGCUGCGUUCAUAGACAUCGAAAAAAACCCGU